CAGCUCUGCUAACAUAAGCCUUUCCCGCUAACUUGAGCCCCCCAGGCAGUUAAACCCCACAUCACACCCACCAUGCCUGCCGCCCUCAAAUUCACCAAUCUCACUAUCCUACACCCCCACAAACCCUACAAUUUUCUUAACAAUUUCUCCUCCUCCACUGCCUCCACCGCCGGAUCGGCAAGAAUUCUCCGGCUAAAGUACUCCGCGGGUUGGUCGGGUAGGACAACCCCGUAUGCGCCCGCCGCGCACCGUAGAAUCACUUCCCAGAUUCUCGGUGGCCGGAAACCGCAUCACUUUUCAUCCGAAUCUGGAAACAGAAGGGAGGGGAUUCAGUGCUUCUGCAAUUCAAAGACUAAUUCCGAUACUAAAAUGUGUGCCACUGUCAAUCGCAAGGUCGAUAAUCAAUCUAACGUGUCGCCGCCGCCGGACUACCACGAAAAAUCACCGUUGCAUCCGCCGAAAUUGCUCACAUUGCCAACGAUAUUGACAAUUGGACGCGUCGCUGCGGUGCCGCUCCUUGUCGGCACCUUUUAUGUUCAUAGCUGGUGGGGACCUGUUGCUACAACUAGUAUUUUCAUUUCGGCAGCCUUCACGGAUUGGCUUGACGGAUACCUUGCUAGAAAGAUGAAUUUGGGAACUCCAUUUGGUGCAUUUUUGGAUCCAGUGGCUGAUAAGCUUAUGGUUGCUGCCACCUUGAUCUUAUUGUCUACUAGACCUCUUGAGGCUGGUAUGUUUCUGCAAACACCAUGGUUACUGGCUGUGCCCGCAAUUGCUAUAAUUGGUAGAGAGAUAACUAUGUCUGCAGUUAGGGAAUGGGCUGCUUCUCAGGACAGAAAGCUUCUAGAGGCUGUUGCAGUUAAUAAUUUGGGGAAAUGGAAAACUGCCACACAGAUGCUUGCAUUAACCAUCCUCUUGGCUGCCAGAGAUGGCAGUCUGGUAGUGGCAGGAACUCUUGCUUAUUCUGGGGUACUGUUGCUCUACAUUUCAGCAUGGCUUGCGUUGUGGUCAUUGGUUGUGUAUGUGAGAAAGAUAUGGAAAGUGCUGCUGAGGUAGUAACUCCAAACUAUCAGUUUUAUCUUGAUUCCUACCCAUAAUAUAGCACAAAGGAGGACUUUGCUAUGUGGAGAAGAGGCCUUCCUAGGGAUGGACGAGACAAUUGCUCUAUCUGUUCAAGAUUCUUUUAAGGUAGUAGUAACUUCUAUCCUAUGAUGAUUUUAUGGCCUCCAAAUGCAAGAAGAUAUUGGAGGAAAUAAAGGUGCUGCUCCUGUGAUCUUCCAUCACCUGUCUUCCUUUGGCAGUUGAAUUGUUGUGGAUAAACAUCGGUGCAGAUGAUGUCCAUUAUUGGUUGCUUGAUUAAGCAGCUUCUACGUUGUAAACAUGUUAUGAGCGAUGGCUGAUUAGUUAGGCUAGGAAGACCGGUUAUUAAUUGUUUGAAAUGUGAAACAGAAGAACACAUCAUUUUCCAUUCUUUGAAUUAAUUAAUACCAUAAU